CAGAGCGUAUCUCACCAGAUAGUGAUAUGGACAAAACUGCACAACUGCUACAAACAUUUAUUGGGAAACUGUAUCAGCUUGCUGAAUUACUCCAAAAGCAGACAGCGAGUGGACUACAGCUCAUCCUAGAUCAUUUGUCUGAACGUGUUCCGCAACUACUACCAGAAACUGAACUUAUGGAAUUUCUACUCUCUGUUUCAUGGCUUCAUGAUCCUCAGUAUCUUGUUUCUCAUUUUGCGUCCUUACCGCAAACUGAUAUUGAUACAGAGCUUGAGUUACCAGCAGCCACAGAUUUUGUUCCAUAUAAUGUGUUCUUUACUCUACCUGAACCACAAGAUUAA